AUGGCUGAGCAAUUGCAAAAGCUUCUCCAAGGUCCUGCUGGCAUACCGCCACCGGGCGUGGAGCCCAACCUUUUGGACCCUCCAAAUCAACGUGUAUCUGGGCAAGCGGCCAUACUAAUCUGCGGUAUAACCGCCUCCAUUGCUUUGUUCAUGCGCAUCUAUACCAGGGUAUUUGUUAUCCGCAAGACCAGCAUUUCUGAUUACACCAUUAUUGUGGCCUGGGGGAUUUAUGUGGGCUUAUGCGUCAUCUGUUGGUUGGGAAACGAUGCUGGACCCGGGGUUGACAUGUGGAAUUUGCGGCUAAGGGAUUUUAGGAGAAUGCAAUAUUGGUUUCACGCAGGCUCGAUAAUAUAUGGUAUACCCAUAUUCUUCAUAAAAGCGUCCAUCCUUCUACAGAUUGUGGACAUCUUUGUGCCUAAUAGAAGGAACGACCCUAUGUUCUGGAUCUGCCAUACCCUGAUAUGGGUUAAUUUUAUUUACUAUCUGAUUGGUAGCAUCCUGGAAAUUUUCGCCUGCCGUCCACUAAACAAGGCCUGGGAUCCUCUCAUUACGCAUGGGUCCUGUAUGGACAUGUUUCUCCUGAACUGCAUUGCUAGCUCAGUGAAUGCUGCCUCGGAUAUUAUUAUCCUCAUUUUGCCACAAACACGCAUCUGGAGACUGCAAAUGCCGCUGCGCAAAAAGCUUGCUGCAUCGGCAGUCUUUUUAUUCAGUAUAAUGUAA